GAGCCGGGGACUGAGGACCGAAUGGCCGUGCAUUGGCCCUGUACUGGGGAAGUGUCUCGGGAAAGACGGGCCCGAGACAUUGUGGGUGAGGCGGUUCGGGCUCAUCUGACAAGGACUUAAUUCUCCUGAUGGAGUUUCGGCUUGGAUAUCCUGACCCCUCUCAGAUAGGUUGUCAGUCAGUCGGGUGUGGCCUGGACUAUAGCCAGAGCGGAGUUAAAGCAUUGCUUUGCACAUCCGUGAGGCCUAGGUGUGUGUCUAGGCCUCAGUCGUGGUGGGAGCCCGUAAUUCGCCAAGAUGACGAACACAAAGGGAAAGAGGCGAGGUACCCGGUACAUGUUCUCCAGGCCUUCCAGAAAACAUGGAGUUGUUCCUUUGGCCACAUACAUGCGCAUUUACAAGAAAGGUGACAUUGUGGACAUCAAGGGAAUGGGUACUGUUCAAAAAGGAAUGCCCCAUAAAUGUCACCAUGGAAAAACUGGAAGAGUCUACAAUGUUACCCAGCAUGCUGUUGACAUUGUUGUAAACAAACAAGUGAAGGGCAAGAUUCUUGCCAAGAGAAUAAAUGUGCGUAUUGAACACAUUAAGCACUCUAAGAGCCAAGAUAGCUUCUUGAAACAUGUGAAGGAAAAUGAUCAGAAGAAGGAAGUCAAAGAGAAGGGUACCUGGGUUCAACUAAAGCGACAGCCUGCUCCACCCAGAGAAGCCCACUUUGUCAGAACCAAUGGAGUUGCUGGAACCCAUUCCUUAUGA